ACAAAUAAGAGAGGCGGCGGCAGCGGCGGCGGCGGUGUCUCUUUAAUGCUGGUGGCUGACGUGAGGACUUGUGUUUUCAUCCCGAACAACGCGCAGGCGACCAAGGGCAGCGCUGGAGUAGUGCUUUGCAGCCCGCUCCCUCCCUCCCUCCCUCCCUCUCUCUCUCCGUCUCUCUCUCUCUCUCUCUCUGCAGAUGCAGCGAUGUUGGGAGAUGCUGCUUAAUCCAACGUCAGAUCAACUUUGAUCAAUAUUCCCCGGCCGCUCCAAUUGGAAGCGCAUGUUCAGAGCGGCAUCCCAUUCCACCACCAUCUUUGGCAGUGUGAAAUCAACUGGCACAAAAAAAAAGAAGAUAUCUUGCCCUCCUCGCCCGGCACAGUACCUGGUUAACUGGAACAUUUGGAGAGAGAGAGAGAGAGACGGAGAGGGAGAGGGGGGGGGUGGGGGGUGGGGGGGGAGAAGAAGAAAAGAAGAAAAGAAGGGGGAGAGAAAUCGGGAUUUACAUCCAUCCGCUCUAAAGGAACUGAAACCAGAGCGAAAAUGGGACGAAAGGUUGUGCAGUCGUUCUUCCUUGCACUCAACAUGCUUAUCCGGGUGGCUUUAGGUGCCUUUCCCAGCAACGUUCAGAUAGGAGGGUUGUUCGCAAGAAGUACAGAUCAGGAAAAUAGCGCCUUCCGAUUCGGGAUUUAUCUCCACAACACCAACCCAAACAUCUCCGAAGCCCCGUUCGCCCUCACCCCACAUGUGGACAAUCUCGAGUCGUCCAACAGUUUCUCGGUGACCAAUGCCUUCUGUUCGCAGUACUCCAAAGGAGUUUACGCCAUUUUCGGCUUCUACGACAAGAGAUCUGUGAACACGCUAACAUCGUUCUGCGGCGCCCUGCACACUUCCUUCAUCACGCCAAGCUUCCCCACGGAAGGCGAAGUCCAGUUCGUCAUUCAGCUGCGGCCACCACUGCACGGAGCGCUCUUGAGCCUUCUAACGCACUACAAGUGGGAGAGAUUUGUCUAUCUGUACGACACAGACCGAGGUGAGGCGAUGAAAAGCACUUUCAGUCCGAUAAGCUGCUCCUGCAUGCCUCCUUAGUCUGUGAAUUGCUGAGAGGUUUACGUGUGUUUUAAGUCUCAGUAUCCAGGUUUAUUAUCUACUGUGGAUGAAGUAAUUCAUGAAAUAUUCAUAAUUCCUGUUUGCAAAAUCAUGAAUCCCAUGUUUCAUUUUGUUGAUAAGGGAUUUGAAAAUCCGAUU